GUGUACGUAACUGCAGCACCAGUGCCAGUAGAAGCUGUAUUGGAAGGAGGAACUGAAGUACAAACUCAUGGAAUUUCACGACCAAAACCAUUAAAGUACACAGAGCCACCUCCUGCCCCCGUGCAUAUAACUGCAACAAUACAACCUUGUCAACACAUAGUAGGAGAAGAACGGGCUGUGGAAGUAGGAAACGACAUAGAGGGUUACAGAGAUUCAGGAGCAACAGUAUCAACAUAUUCAACACCAGCUCCAACGCCUGUACAUGUGACUACAACCACACAACCCAGUGAAGCUGUGUUAGGACGAAUAUCAGACGUAGAAAGUUAUGCAGCAGGUCCACCAGCAAUACCACCAACACCUUCAACACGAGCUCCAGCACCCGUGCAUGUGACUGCACCAUCACAACCUGUAGAAGGAUCAAGCUUAGAAGGUUAUGGACGCUUACGAUUUAAAAUGUCGAAAUUUUCCCAUAAACGAUAG